CCUCCAGGUCAUCUCAUGAAUCUAAGCUUUAUUCUGAAAUUAUCCACCGGAAGUAGCCUUUUCCUCCGAGUCUCUCUGGCUUGUCAUUGGUCUGUGAGGAGCGGAGUCAAAGGUACAGCAGCACCACCAGCAGCAGCAGCAGCACAGUGCGUCGAGCGGAGAGAUGGAGGGAGAGCUGGCCGGCUGCGAGCGCAUCUAACCCGGGGAGGAGACCACCAGCUGAGAGGGGGGGCGGUGGAUCACCAUGUUUGAUCCCGAAUAACAGACCACAUCCACUCUGCAGCACCAGGACCGUCUCACAGACAGCGACCAGCGUCAUGAAGCCAGUCCUGCAUUGAGCCUCUCCUCGGUGGGUUGGCAUGGCCCAGUGAUGAACGGAGCGGUGGUGCCCGGUAGCCCGGAGCUCUCCUCCUCGUGCCCACUGCCUGACUGGCGAGAGUUCUGUGAGCUCCAUGCCCGAGCCUCCGCUGCAGACUUCGCUGACAAGUUCCAGCGCUUCCUGUCCGAGAACCCGUGCUACGACUCGCCCGGCGCCGACGUGAGCUUCUCGCAACACUUUGCUCAUCACUUUCUGGAGUGUUUCACUGCAGCACUGACACAGGCCCGAGAGAGCCAGGCGUCCUCUCCAGGGGAGGACGGCUCCAACGCAGCGCCGAAGUACAGCAUCGUUCCCUUUCUAGGAAUCCAAGGUUGCCCGCUGUCCUACGGUCACGACCUUUACCAGAGACGCAAGGACGCAGGGGCUUCUAGUGAAUCCCUGGACAGUAUGGAUAGUGGAGGUGGAGGGAUAGAUGGGGGAGGCAGUGGCACCACAGCCUCCCGAGGCCCCCAGCCUGCUCACAAAGUUUCUGCUCUGGGACAGUCCCGCAGCUCAGAGGACGUGUCGGUCAGUCACCCAAAGGCUCGCUUCAAGAAGGGCUUCUCCCUGAGGAACAUGAGCCUCUGUGUGGUGGACGGGGUGAAGGAGAUGUGGCACAGGCGGGCCUCCCCUGAGCCCGAUGGUCCCUCUGGAACCAGGAAGGCUAACGGGGCCGCAGGAGGAGGAGGAGGUGCAGGAGGCCCGGGGGGAGGGGAGGCAGCAGGGGGGGAGAAGUGGUCCCAAAAACUGCGGCUGCCUAGAGGCUCCCAGGGCCACAAGGCUGAGAUGCUGGAGAUCCAGAGGGAGGGAGCGCUGAGGUACAUGGUGGCUGAUGACACAAACUGUAUGGGCGCUGCACAGUGGCAGAAGUGCCGCCUGCUGCUGAGGAAGACGAAGAGGGAGGAAGGAGGCGAGAGGUUCCUGCUGGAGUUCUACGUACCACCCAAGUCCUCAAAACCCAAAGUGAGCAUCCCUCUGUCAGCCAUCGUGGAGGUGAGGACCACCAUGCCGCUGGAGAUGCCCGACAAGGACAACACUUUUGUUCUCAAGGUGGAAAACGGGGGAGAGUACAUCCUGGAAACCAUCGACUCGCUACAGAAAAACUCUUGGGUCGCUGACAUCCAGGACUGCAUAGACCCGGGCGACAGCGGCGAUGACAUCGAGCUGGCGUCGUGUCCUCACGGUCAGGCGUCCAAAGACUGCUCCAUGGUGGCCUCGUGCAGCUGUGAGCUGCUGUCUGAGGGUGUGUAUCGCGCUCCGGAGAGGCCGUGUCCUACAGCUUCAGAGCAUUACAGUGCCCCCUCAGUCCGUUGCAGGGAACCCCCCUUCACCCAGCACCCAUCCCACAUGCCUUUAGAGCGCUUCCUCCAGUCCCCAGAGGCCCAGGGCUCCAACUCCUCUGCAGGGGGCAGUGAAGGAGCCAAAGAGUCAGACGGCGAUGCCAGCCUGGCGGGUUACCCAUGGUUCCAUGGUACACUGUCCCGAGUGCGUGCGGCCCAGUUGGUGCUCGCAGGCGGGGCCAGGAGCCACGGGCUCUUUGUGAUUCGUCAGAGCGAGACGAGGCCGGGCGAGUACGUCCUCACCUUCAACUUUCAGGGCAAAGCCAAGCAUUUGCGUUUGUCGGUGAACGAGAACGGGCAGUGCCACGUCCACCACUUGUGGUUCCACACCGUGUCGGACAUGUUGAGACACUUCCACGCCCACCCCAUCCCCCUCGAGUCUGGAGGCUCCGCUGACAUCACAUUACGCUCCUAUGUACAAGUGCAGCGAAGCUCCAACACCACAGAUGUGACCGUGCCUCCAGUCCUCACCCCACCCAGGGACGCAGGCUGUCGGACAGACUCAGCCCAGCCUGCUCUGCACCCUCCUGGGAUCACAGCGCCUGCAGGGCCCCCUCCUGACCCCCCGCUCUCCUCGAGCACCUCCUCCUCACCCACCGCCCUCCCCUCCCUCUCCCGCAGUGACCCAGGUACAGGAGCCGGAGUGGGAGGAGGGUUACAGAGCCGGAGCAACAGCUCCGAACGCCUGCUGGAGGCCUCUAGUGGCGCGUCCGAGGACUACCACGACGCGGAUGGGACUCGCAGGGCUCGAGCAGUGGAGAACCAGUACUCUUUCUACUAAAUGACCCAUGGCAGGGUUCAGUCACGUGUUUUCUGGAUUGGAGGUGACAUGGGACAAUCUGGUGAUGGUGAAAACGGUCCAGGUCCUCGGAUCACCCGUCGUUUCGUUUGUUUGUUUUGUUUCAAGGCAAUUUCCUGUUGCUCCGAUUUGGGAGGGGAGGUGAGAUCGUAACGAGCAGCGUGUCCUCUGUGGACCUGUGGCUUCAUUUCAAACUUAGCAGUCGAAGAACAUCAGUGUACAGAGAAACAGACGAAAUGGGGGCUAAUGAGGUGGGGCAGGAGAUGAAACCAAGACACAGAAAAAGCAGAUGAGCGUAGGAAGAGAAAGCUGGAGGAAGUCAUAUGGCUUUGAUUCGUGUCCUCUGACCACUUCCUGUUCAUCCUCACCCACAGUUCCCUGGGAGCAGAGCCUGUGUCACCACCCCGCUGAAGGGUCGAGAGCUUGAAAUGACCCUGAAGAAACAGCUCCCUCCCCUCAGAGCUCCCGAGAGCAUCCCGUUAAUGUUUGUAAAGCUGCUUUGAGUCUGUCCCGGAUAUCCUCAAUGUCCCCGCAGGGUUUCCCUACAAAGUCCUGCCCUGGGUCUCGGCUCUACACUAACAUCACUCCAGCGAUCAUGGGUGUGUUAGUGUAAGCUCGGAGAUGUUUUUCUUAAACGUGUACAGCCUAAAGGGUCUUAGUGCCUGACAAUUUCCUUGGACUUGAACAGACUGUUUGCGAGGAGGAGGACGGUCUCGCAUUAUCACGAUAGCCCAAAAAAAAUUAAACGCAGGUGAUUUCUUUACUGUCAGUUUACGCUCAACGUGCAUAUCUCUGCAUACUGAAACGGUUUCGUUAUCACAGUUUCAUGGACGGCUGCUACGUACACACAGGUGGUCGUAUGUUGUGAGUUUAACAAAAUGCUGAAAUGGAAGACAAAAACACAAAAACAGGUGGUGGUGGGGGGGGCUCCCGUGUUGCUGUCAUACUGGGUUAUUUCUAUGAGUGUGUGGUGGUGUAUUAGAGUCCAAAUAUUUUUCAAUGAUCGGUGUGCUACAGUAGUGUUUCUAAAACAAUGGUUUUCGAGGUCCCUCCGUCUGGUGCUGGUUCUGUAUUCAAGCUUAUCAUAUCAAUAACCUGUAGAAUAGAUAUGCUGUUAAUAUAGGAGUUCACUUCGAAGUAAUGCCUUUAAGAUAUUAUUAUACCAAAUCCAGCAUUCAUCGGAGGGACUGGGGCCUAGCUUUUUAGAAAGGUGGCAGUGUUGCGUACUGUUCGUGCGGCCUGGUGUGGACUGGAACGGUACAGGCAGUGAGGUCGAGGGUGCUGGAUGGCCAUGCCUGAAUGGACAGAUGUGACAUUGCUGCUUUACUUUAUGCUGAGCUUAAGCUUGUCAAGUUAGCUAAGAGGUCAAAAGAAAGGCUGCAUUUUGCACCACAAGAUGUUUGUUUUACUGUAAGAAUCGACUUUAAAGUCCAACACAUUCGUUACAAUUCAAAAUAUCAGUUUUAAGAGAGACUUUUGACACUCCGGGAUAUGCAUUUAGUUGCUUCAUCUACUGUCGUUCGAACAUAUGCAACACAACCUUUCUUCAGCUGGACUAAACAUAUCAACAGCCAACAUCUGUCUCUUCACGCCCGGCCAUUUAGCUUCCAAGGUUUCACUUUCAUUGGAGGAGCGGGAGGAGCAGUUCAUGUGCCAAUUUGAAUCCUAUUUUUGAAACAUAUUUAUUCCUCAGCUGUUGUAAAUUACAUUUUUCCUAUCGAGUCUUAUUUAUGUACAAUUGAUUGAUCGAUUCUUCUUGAUGAAACAUCCUCAGUGGAACCCAUUUGUUGCGAGAGCCCAUCUCACAUAUCACAGAUUGCUCAUGUCUCCCUUUUAUUUUCUUAACACUUCUUAAAAGCUAAAUUUUCUGUUGUCUGACUGAGUUUUGAAGAGUCUGUGCAAUUUUGUACAAAGUGAUGUACUUGACAUACUACUUUAUAUUUCUGUGAAUAAAAUGUGAACAAACUGUU